AUGGCGAGAAGCAAUGGCACGUCCACUACAGACUUCAUCCUCCUGGGCCUCUUCCCUGAGUGCCCAUACGCCAGCCUCCUGGUCUACCUCAUUCUCCUGCUCUACCUCAUUGCCCUGAUAGCGAACUGUGUCCUCAUCAUCCUGAUCUGGGUGGACUCCCGUCUUCACACCCCCAUGUACUUCCUGCUCAGCCAGCUCUCCCUCAUCGAUUUGUUGUACAUCUCCAGCUCGGUUCCUAAGAUGGUCAUCAAUUACUCCUCAGGGGAGCGCACAAUCUCUCGCGUUGGCUGUGGAGCCCAGAUGUUUUUCUGCCUGACUCUCGGUGGUGCUGAGUGUCUCCUCCUCACCCUCAUGUCCUAUGACCGAGUUGUGGCUGUUUGUAACCCCCUGCGUUACACAGUCAUCAUGAACCCCAAGGUGUGCUUGCUGCUGUCAGCAGCCUCCUGGACUGGGGGUGCUCUGAACUCACUCAUCCAAACCGUCUACACCAUGCAUUUCCCUGUGUGUGGCCUGAAAGAGAUCAACCACUUUUUCUGUGAGAUGCCUGCCCUCCUGAAGCUGUCCUGUGAGGACACCUCAGAUUAUGAGGUGGUGGUGUUUGUGGUGAGCAUUGCUUUUAUCCUUACCCCCCUCGGCCUCAUCGUGACCUCCUACGCUCGCAUCUUCCUCGCUGUCCUGAGGAUGAGCUCCCCUGAGGGGAGGAACAAAGCCCUGGCCACGUGCUCAUCUCACCUGACCGUGGUGAGUCUCUACCUGGGGCCAGCCAUUGUGGUGUACAUGACCCCCGGCUCCGCCCACAGCCCGGAGCUGGACCAGGGCCUCUCAGUUUUCUACACCGUCCUCACCCCCAUGCUGAACCCCCUCAUCUACAGCCUGAGGAACAAGGAGGUGCUGGGGGCUCUGAGGAGGGUCCUGGCCAGGAACCAAAUACCCAAAUAG